GAAGGGUCUCUGUCAGGAAAUAUAGACGAGGCUUGAACCAAACGCAGCAGUGGAGACGCAAUAGCGAACGAAGAAUCUGAACUAUAUAAGCUAUGAAUGGGUCCCAAACACUGCACUGGGCUUGGAAUAAUGGAUCUGAAUGGAUAAACACGUCGGAAAGCAUUCUAUAUGAUUACCAACUGAUCAACAUAUUUGAAACCAUCCUUCUUCCUUCAUUCAUUAGCAUUCUCUGUUCAACAGGGUUCUUCGGAAAUAUUUUCAUCUUAUUUACAAUCAUCAGGUCUGCGAGGAGGACCAUCCCAGAUAUUUAUAUUUGUAACCUGGCAGUGGCGGAUUUGGUCCAUGUGAUUGGAAUGCCAUUCCUCAUCCAUCGGUGGGCACGAGGGGGAGAGUGGGUGCUUGGCAGCACUGCCUGCACCAUUAUCACCUCACUGGACAGUUGCAACCAGGUUGCAUCUUGUGCAAUUAUGACAGCUAUGAGCCUGGACAGGUACCUGGCUCUUGUUCAUCUAUUCAGUCUGGCAAAUUUCAGAACCAGGUCAAAAACCAUUAAAAUCAAUGUGAGCCUUUGGGCAAUUUCCCUCGUAUUGGUUCUUCCAUCCUGGAUGCACGCAAAAGUCAUUUAAUUUCAGGAUGGCCUGGAAAGCUGUGCUUUUGAUCUGACUUCACCCCAGGACAUACUUUGGUAUACGUUGUAUCACACCUUAACUUCUUUCUUCGUUCCUUUACCACUGAUACUCAUUUGCUACGUCUUGAUUCUGUGUUACACGUGGGACAUUUAUCAGGAAAACAAGAGGAAUGGAAGAUAUGACGUAAUUAUACCCAGAGCACGGCUGAAGCAACUAACCAAAAUGGUCCUGGUUCUGGUGGGCGUGUUUGUGGUGAGUUCAGCACCAUACCAUGUGUUGCAGCUGAUGAAUCUCAAAAUCACUCAGCCGACCACCAUGUACUUCAUCAUCUAUUAUACCUCCAUCUGCCUCAGCUAUGCCAGCAGCAGCCUUAACCCACUUCUCUGCGUGCUGCUCAGUGGUAACUUCCAGCAGAGGCUGUCACGCUGCACCAAGAUUCAAAUGAGAGUAACUGAGCGUGAAAUUAUUAACAUAGAAAGCACAAUAAAGUCAAAUUAUCCAGUAUAA